AACUAUUGUUAACGCGGAAAAUAUUUAAUCUUUUUUUAUUUUUAUUUUGAUGAUCAGCAUAGUUGUACAUCCUGUUAGCGGACAUCUGUGGAUUUAUGAAUACCGGGACAUGCGUAUAUUGUUUUAUAUCGAAAGUAUUCAUCAGCUAUAGCUAGGGUUUAUUUUUUUCUUAGUUUUAUAUUACUUCCUGUAUUUGCAUCGAAUGGCAGCUGAGGAGUUGCUGGCCUUCCUGCUGGGAAUACUGUCGUCUGCUGUGGCAGGGUUCCUGACUUGUUAUUUCCUCCAACGUCACAACAAAAGAGACCAUCAAUGUGUACACAACAGCAACGGCUCGGUACGACCGGAAGGGUACAAGUAUUUUCUAAAUGCUGUCGGAUUGUUUCCCCGGUUAAGAGAACUUCCGGUCGCCUUUAAUUUACUUCCCAGUACAACAUACAGGUCAGUGUUAGAACUAGAAAUCAUCGAAGAAAAAGACCCAAUUUCAGGACAAUAUUACAGUCGUUUUUAUUCAAAAGAGAAAACAUAGCUUAUCCAGGAUUAACAGUGUUUUCAGAAGAAAUGAGGCAAUCAAAUUAGUGUGAAUGCAAAUGCAGAAGAUCAACAAUAUUUAGAUAAAAAAUCAAAGUGGACAAAAACCUGUAUUAUUUUAUUUUUCAUUUUAUUACAGUGUUUGCACAUCAUUUGUCUCUAAUAUGCCCCAAAACAAACAAACAAAAAUAAUUACAA